UCAGGAACAUCCAGAGCAGGUACUUCAUAGAAACAUCUGUUAAGCACUAAAACUUUAAAUAAGAGAAAAUAUAAAGCACUGCACCUGAAACUCAACUGAAGUUUGAAGGAAGUUGAAGAAGGAAGCAAGAGCAUGCAGUUGCAUCUUAAAUACCAAUAGAACAAUAGAACAUCUAGAAAUAUACAAAAUGGACAAGGAAGAAUCCAUGAGUUAUGAAGAAGCCAUCAACAAGGCAGCCAGUGCGCUCUAUCGUUUUCCUCUGGUUGAUGUGCAAGGCAUACCUCUUUCAAAUCGUAUUGCUCAAAACUGGAGCUCCACUUGGGCAUUCUGCGCUGAUCCAUCAGAUGUGCUCAUCUCCACCUACCCUAAAGCAGGUACCACAUGGACCCAGGAAAUAGUAGAUUUGCUGCUACAUAAUGGCGAUGCUGAGAUUUGCAGGAGAGCUCCAACUGCUGUACGCAUCCCUUUUCUGGAGAUCAAUUCUCUUCCUCCUAUUCCAUCAGGACUGGACCUACUAAAAAAAAUGAAACCUCCCAGAUUCAUCAAGACGCACCUACCCAUACAGCUAGUGCCAGAAGGAUUCUGGGAAAAUAAAUGCAAGGUUAUUUAUGUGGCUCGAAAUGCUAAAGACAACCUGGUCAGCUACUACCACUUUGACCGAAUGAAUCUGACUCAGCCAGAACCAGGUCCAUGGGAAGAAUAUGUUCAGAAGUUCAUGAAGGGAAAAUUGGCCUGGGGCUCUUGGUAUGACCAUGUGAAAGGUUACUGGAAAGAAAAAGAGAAGAGGAAUAUUCUUUACCUUUUCUAUGAGGACAUGAAAGAGAAUCCUCACAGAGAAAUAGUGAGGAUCAUGCUGUACCUGGACCUGUCUCUAUCAGAUGACAUCAUUGAUAAGAUUGUGGAGUUGACAUCCUUUAAGGUUAUGAAGGACAACCCAAUGGCCAACUACUCGUUCAUCCCAAAGGCAGUGUUUGACCCCUCUGUAUCUACUUUCAUGAGAAAAGGGGAGGUUGGAGACUGGACCAACUACUUCACACCAGCUCAGUCCCAGAUGUUUGAUGAGGACUACGCCAGGCAAAUGGCCGAUGUGGACGUUCCUUUUCGCACCUUAAUAUGAAAGACAAAGUGAUCUAUAUGAAUUGGAACAUGUGCUGAGAUCAACACUUCACUAAACACAGAUGCACAAAGAUAGUUUAGACUAAUGUGACAAAUCUUAUAGAAAGUAUUACUUUAUAAAGGAUUUAUGGAUUUAUGAAGGAACCUUAGAGUUUGUUGAUUUAUACUCCUGUACUAACCUUAUUCAUUAUUGACUGCAUAUAUAGCAAAUUUCUUAUCUGAACUCGACAGGGCAAAAUAUUUGACUGUAAUUACAAAAAUUAUGUAAAACAGACAGAAAUAUACCCUUCAGCAUAUAUAUUCUAAAAAUGCAACUGGAAACAAAUUUCUGUGCAAAUCAAGGCAGUAAGUUCUCCUAACCAAAGGCAGCACCAUAUUUGCCAACAGUUUUUAAAAAUAGUUUGAUGUGUAGUAUAAUCAUUUACACCAUUUUUGACCCAAACAAUGAAUGCAUAAAGAAUAAACAGUUGUGUUUGCUGCACCUCCUAAAGUUCCCCAUAUUCUAUAAAAAAUUUGCAAUGAUUACAUUUUUUUUAAAAAUGAAUUAAAGAAUGACACUU